AUGGCUUCUCACAGUGACCCGACGAUGGUCUAUGCCAUCGAGGGCAUCACGGCGACGCACAUCGUCAAUGGCACUGAGCAUUCUCUGACGCCCUCGGGCCCCCAGACGCUCUCCCUCCUCAUGGUGCCAACCUCGUCCGACUUCGCGGAUCCCUCGGCUGCCGAACAAGACUUUUACCUGCACCUGCAUCUCCCGCCCGAGCUCGACCUCCCCAUGCCGGCGACGACGCAGAUCUACCACCAGCCACCGACGAGCUACCUCAUCCCGCGCUGGGACCUCGGCCCGGACAGCGGCGCCUUUACCCGCAUCGAGUUUCCCGCCAUCGGCAGCAGGCCUGGGCUCCAGGAGGAUGUCGACACCUUCGAGACCAUCCUGGCCCAGUGCACCGCCUUUCUCGAGCGUGCGUCGGCGCCAAAACCCAACGUGGAUGGGUCGCGGGGCGCCAAGGCGACGGGAACGAGCGAGAAACCGCCCCCGUAUAACCCAUCCGAUUACGAAGCCGGCGAGGGUUACGUCCAGGGCAGCCGCUCGGCCGAGCGCCGCCACAGCCGCAUCGUCCUGGUCGACGAGGGGGAUGGCAGCGUCAUCGGCGAGCUCAGCGACGGCUUCCGCGUCGUCGAGAACAGUGCCGUUCACGCCGGAACCAAGGAUCCCGUCGAGAUCGCGUUUCCUGUCGAUGGUUCCCACAACAUCUCGGUCCAGCCGCUCUCCCUCGAGGACGAGAUGCAUCCGGCCUAUAAAAAGUCGACCAUGGUCAGCACGGCGAGCAAGGCGUCGCGCCUCAUCGUCACCACGUCCGACUACGUCUCCAAGACGCUGAUAUCGCAGGCCGACAGCUUCGCGAGGAACACCAAGCCGGCCGCAAGCCCCGUGUCCUUUACGCCUACCACGCACGCUCACAUCCGCCGCAUCAACACCAUGUCUGCCAAGGCCGCAGGUCUCUCCGCCGCCACCGUCGGCUCGCUGUCCAAGGUGGCCCAGAACGUCGGUGCCCACAUGACCAAGGGCAAGGACGGCUGCGCCCGCGGCUACGACAAGGACGGCAAGGUCGUCGAGGCCUACAAACCCGGCGUCUUGAACAAGAGCCUGAUGGCCUUCAACACCGUCAUCGACGGCGUCGAGCAAGCCGGACGGACCCUGCUCAGCGGAACCUCCUCGAGCGCCUCCACCGUCGUCGGCCACCGCUGGGGCCCUGAGGCGGGUGAGGUCGCCAGCCAUAUCGGCAGCGGCUUCAAGAACGUCGGCCUCGUCUACAUCGACGUCACCGGCGUAUCGCGCCGCGCCAUCCUCAAGGGUGUCGCGAAGGGUAUGGUUGUCGGAAGGGUCAAGGGCGGCGGCCAGGUCAUCGUCGGCACCGGCGAUGGAGUCGAGCUGGCCCCCGAGGGGGCCAAGGGAAGCGGUCAGGCCGAGGCCGGGAGCGCUUCCGGCGGACAGGAUGACUCGAAGAAGAGACCGUUGUACGAGUAG